AUGGCUAGUGAAGACUUCAAGAUCGCCGUUAUUGGCUUUGGUUGCCGGUUACCAGGUGGCGUAACCAACGGUCAAAAAUUAUGGCAAAUGUUGAUGGAGAAGAGAUCUGCGCGGACCGAAGUCCCCACGGACCGUUACAACGUUGAAGCCUUUUACCAUCCAGACGGAAAUCGGUACGGCACAUCAAACAAUCGCGGCGGCCAUUUCCUCACAGAAGAUGUAUCGCUGUUUGAUGCUCCUUUCUUCUCGAUUUCGCCCGCCGAGGCCAUAGCAAUGGAUCCCAUGCAACGCAUCCUUCUUGAGGUUACCUACGAAGCACUCGAGAAUUCGGGCCUGACAUUAGACAAAAUAUCAGGGUCGAAAACUUCGUGUUUCGUCGGAUGCUUUACCAAAGAUUACGAAGAGAUGCAACGACGAGAUAUGGAGCUGGCUCCUAAAUAUCAAUCUACAGGUGCUAGUCAAACAAUGCUUUCCAACCGCCUGAGUUACUUUUACAAUUUCAAGGGCCCAAGUAUAACUCUUGAUACAGCGUGUAGUAGCGGGCUAGUUGCUGUGCAUCUGGCAUGUCAAAGUCUACGAACUGGCGAAAGUUCAAUGUCGGUGGUUGGAGGUAGUAAUCUCAUUCUAAGUCCCGACAUUCAGAUUGAGAUGAGCGACAUGAAUUUUCUGAGUCCGGACUCCGUAUCAUACGCCUUUGAUGAGCGUGCCAAUGGGUAUGCGCGAGGAGAAGGUAUGGGAAUAAUUGUCCUCAAGCCAUUACAUCUUGCUUUGCGAGAUAACGAUCCUAUUCGAGCUGUUAUUCGUGGCACAGCAGCAAGUUCAGACGGGAGAACACCGGGCAUCACCAUGCCCUCCAAAGAUGCUCAAAUCGAUCUGAUACGCAGUGCGUAUCUAGCAGCUGGGUGUGAUGUAAGCGAAACGGGCUAUUUCGAAGCCCACGGUACUGGGACGGCUGCAGGAGAUCCCAUCGAAACUGGCGCGAUCGGGGAAAUCUUUGCAGCUCAUCGCCCAUCCACAAUAGACGGCGCAGCAAUACCCCUGUCUGUCGGAUCCCUGAAAACCAACAUGGGUCAUCUGGAAGGAGCUAGUGGUAUUGCGGGACUGAUCAAGGCAAUACUCAGCGUCGAACAGGGCAUGAUCACGCCCAACAUCUGGUUCGAGAAAGGAAACCCCGCUAUUGAAUUCGACCGAUGGCGGAUAAAAGUCCCGACUGAACCUAUGGCCUGGCCGCUGGAAGGUAUACGCCGCGCCAGUGUCAAUUCCUUUGGAUAUGGAGGCACCAAUGCACAUGUCAUCCUUGACAAUGCGCGUCACCACAUCAAUCAGACUAGUCGAUCGAGUGGACAUACUAGGACCGAUUCCGGUUCCGUGGAGCUCGUCGACGAAGUACAUCUUCUCCCAUCCUCACGGCCUCGCGUUUUCUUUCUCUCUGCCAAUGACGAGCCGGCACUGAAGCGUAUAAGCAAGGCACUUGCAGAGCAUCUGCAAACACUGCCGCCAUGCAACGAAGAACAGCUACUGGAUAGACUGGCUUACACACUCUGCGAACGACGUUCGCGCUUUCCUCACGUACAUACCGUUGUCGCAUCAGAUUUGGCGAACUUGGAACGGCGACUAAAUAAUGUUAAUUCAAUCUCUCAUGACCACAUCGACGCCCCUCGCAUCGGGUUCAUAUUCACUGGCCAAGGUGCCCAGUGGUGGGGUAUGGGAAGAGAACUGCUACGAUACCCUGUCUUCAAGGACAGCAUACACAGAUGCGAUGCGAUCAUCCGCGAUCUGGGCGCAGACUGGUCACUGAAAGAGGAGCUUCUCAGAAACGAGGUAGAGUCGCGGGUAGACGAGGCACCCAUCAGCCAACCUCUCUGUACCGCGCUUCAGAUUGCUCUCGUCAAUCUCCAUGCUUCUUGGAACAUCCACCCGCACAGUGUGGUCGGUCAUUCCAGUGGGGAGAUCGCAGCAGCCUAUGCCGCUGGAGCCUUGAGCGCUAGGUCGGCAAUGACAAUAGCUUUCUUCCGUGGUCUCUUAGCACCCAAGGUCAAGAAUUUGGGAUACGCUGGUAGUAUGAUGGCGGCCGCGCUGUCCGAAGAUGAUGCAAAUCACAUGCUUGCUGGAUCGAGCAGUGAGCUCGGUCAGGUUCGGGUCGCUUGCAUCAACAGCCCGCGCAGUGUCACAUUCUCUGGUGACACCACAGCCAUCGAAGAGUUGCACAAGGCGCUGGUUGCCAAAGGUAUUUUCGCGAAGAUUCUGCAGGUUGAUACCGCGUACCACUCACAUCAUAUGCAAGCCAUUGCCGAAGAGUAUCUUGCCCGACUUCGCGAAGCAAAUGUGACAGUUUUAGAGUCCGAUCAGCAAGUUCAGAUGUUUUCGUCUGUCACAGAAGACAUAGUUGAGCGGAAACAGUUGGGUCUCAAAUACUGGGUGACAAACCUUAUCGGCUGCGUUCGAUUCUCUGGCGCGCUUGAAAAGCUGUGUCUGUCAGUCACAGAGAGCAACACACCAAGGGUGGAUAUUCUACUCGAAAUCGGACCCCAUUCUCUUUUCAAAGUUCCCGUCAGAGAUGUCUUGAGCACAGCAUUCGGAGGAACACCACCCCCCUUCAAGUACCUCUCGACUCUCAUCCGCGGAAAGCCUGCUGACGUCACUGCGCUUGAAGUGGCCAGCCACCUCUUUACAGACCACUACCCCGUCGAGAUACAUACCGUCAACUUCCCCGUGAAGCCAAAACACUCAUUGCCCGUUCUGACUGACCUACCGCAAUACUCAUGGAACCAUUCUCGAAGUUACUGGUGCGAAUCUCGCUUCAGCCGCGACUACCGCUUCCGGCAGUUUCCCAGAACAGGAAUCCUUGGCGCACCGGUCUACGACUGGAAUCCCAUCGAGCCUAGGUUCAGAAACUUCUUACGCCUGCGCGAGCAGCCUUGGCUAAGAGAUCAUGUCGUUCAGGGCGACAUCCUCUUCCCGGCAUGCGGAUAUAUAUGCAUGGCCAUCGAAGCGUGCCGACAGAUGUGCGUGAUUUCACCAUCGACUUUCCUACCCGAAGGAUCAGGAAGUGUGACCGGGUACAAAUUACGCGACGUGAGUAUAUCCCGGGCAUUGCUUGUCCCCGAAACCGACGAGGGCGUUGAGAUUUCCUUCUCUAUGCGGCGCCAAGCAAACCCAAGAAUCAGCAAGUCGGACUAUUGGUACGAAUUCCAUAUCUUCUCAUUCUCAGUCAGCGGCGGAUGGGCCGAGAACUGCUGCGGUUCGGUCUCCGUGAUCAGCCAAUUGGAUGAGCUCGAUGGGGUUUCGAAAAACUGCCAGGACCAGUGGACAGCAGCUCGCGCAGAUUGCUCGACGAAGCUCGAUGUAGAUGCGUUCUAUGCGGACGUGAAUGCCAUCGGACUUACCUAUGGAUCACUGUUUCAGGGUAUCAAGGACCUCACCAUCAACCCAACUAUGUCGAAUCAAGCCGCAGCCAUGAUCCAAGUCACAGAUACGCGAGCUGCCAACCCCCAUGGGUUUGAGCAUGAUCGGUUGUUACAUCCUGCGACCAUUGACAGCUUCUUACAACUGGCGCUCGUCGGGCUCGGCGGUGCUGGCCUUGAACAGCUCCAGCAGGCCAUGGUCCCUACAUUUGUUGAGGAGAUAGUCGUCUCUGGAGAUAUAGCAGCCAAAGCCGGAGACUGUCUUCACGUCGUUGCAAACACCCAGCGGGAUGGGUACAGAGAAGCAAAAGCGGACAUAUUCGCCUUGGAUCCAGUCACCUCGAAAGCAGUCGUACUCAUGGAUGGAUUUCGAUUCGUCGCCAUCAACGCCGGGAACACAUCGAGUGAAGUCGAGCCAACAAUUCCAAAACACUGUUUCAAGCCAGUUUGGGAACCAGACGUGGAGCUUAUCGAGCGCCAGGACCUGGACCGUGAAUUACAGGCGGCUUCACGACCCGAGUACCGUUCGAAAAACGCGCGAGAAUUAGAGCUAUUGGCAUACUAUUUCAUCGAUCAAGCGAUCCAAAAGGUCGACGAGGACGAUGUUGCUGCCAUGCUCCCACAUCAUCAAAGGUUCUACGCAAACUUGUGCGAGAUACGAGAUACCGUGAUUGCAAAGACACACCCACAACAGACCGAGGAGUGGCAACGUCUUCAUACCCCGGAAGUGACUUUGAAACUCGACGCCAUGGCCCAAUACUACCGUUCGCAUGAGACAGCCUACGAUGGUAAACUACUUGUCCGGAUUGGCGAGGCUCUACCUUCAGUCUUCCGCCACAAGGUCGAGCCACUCGCCUUGAUGACACAGGAGAACCUGCUGGAAGACUACUAUACCACCGCAGUUGGAAUGCCAAACACGUAUGCGCAGAUAUCGCGCUACCUGACCAUGCUAUCGCACAAGUAUCCGAAUCUUGACUACCUGGAAAUCGGGGCGGGAACUGGUGGCGCCACAGUUCCCACUCUCCAAGGCUUGAGUGGAUGUAAGGAUCUACACACAUACCCUCGACUCAAAACAUACACGUACACUGAUAUCUCCUCCUACUUCUUCGAACGCGCCGCGGAAAAGUUUCAAGACUUUGAGAAGUUCACGAUCUUCAAGAAGCUGGACAUUGAGCAGGAUCCUGAAGCGCAGGGUUUCACGCCUGCGUCAUAUGAUGUGAUCGUAGCUGCUAAUGUCCUCCAUGCCACAUCCGAUAUGAAUCGCACAAUGGCACAUGCUCGGAAGCUAUUGCGACCAGGCGGAAAACUGAUCCUCCUUGAGAUGACGAAUCGCCUUCUCGCAGCAUCCGUCAUCUUCGGUACACUGCCAGGCUGGUGGAAUGCUUCUGAAGACUGGCGGAGAGGAGGUCCACUGCUCACGGAAGUCCAAUGGGAAGACGUACUUCGCACAAACGGCUUUAGCAAUCUCCAAGCCAGUAGUCCGGACACGCAGGAUCCGCUUGAAGAGGGUACACGGCUGAUGAUCGCCACAGCCGUGGAGUCGCCCAAGGCAAGUCUACGCAACGGCCUGCCAACGCCACCAGAAAGCCCACGCAUAUUCAUUCUCUGCGGGACUUCUCCAGUGAAGAUGAACAGACUGGAUGUGGCAAUUGCUCUGAAGUCGACUAUCGAGAAGACCGGUGUGCAGGCGCAGAUUUUACCUUUCUCCAGGCUCAAGCUUCAAGACGUGACUGGAGCUAUCUGUAUCAGCCUGGUAGAACUCAAAGAACCUGUGCUUGCUGAUCUGGAAGCGUCUGACCUGGAAACACUCCGACGCAUCGCUGAGACAUCGGCGGGCCUGCUUUGGGUUACGCGGGGUGCUGCGUCUGCGGACGUCGAACGCCCUGAGCUGGCACUUUUUCACGGGCUUGCACGUACUCUGAGAGUGGAGCACAGAGAGUUUCCCUGCAUCACCAUCGAUCUGAGUGCGGAGGGAAAACUGUUAGCUGGUAAUGUUGCCCACUUGUUGAUCCGGGUGUAUCAGGAGUACCUCUGGCCUGGGAAACACUCAAAUACGGCCGACAGCGAGUUCAUCGAGAAAAACAACGUGCUGUACAUAAAGCGCGCUAUUGUCGACGACGCGUCGAAUCAGUUCCUCGCCGCGCGCACCAUGUCGGCAGUGCUACCGCCGCAACUGGACGACGUGGUACAGAAGAAUCGACCAUUGAGGCUCAAGAUGUCCGACAACGAUUCCAAGUCUUUUGUAUUCGAGGACGAUCUUUCUCACGUGGAAACAUUGCAGCCUACCGAUGUUGAAAUUGAGGUACACGCAAUGAGUCUCGAUGCCAAGCACAUUGAAAGCAUCAAAUGCACAUCCUCAGACAACAGCCCUAGCCUUGAAUGCGCAGGGGUCAUAACGAAGGUCGGCAGCGACGUCACACAUCUCUCGAUUGGCGACCGAGUAACAGCCUGGUGUCUGGGAACCUUUGCUACUCACGUGAGAUCAACUGCGGCAUGCACACAUCGGAUCCCGGACGGGAUGAGCUUCGAAGUUGCGGCAAGUUUGCCUAUCGCAUUCGCUACCGCCCACUAUGCCCUGGUCCACGUAGCUCGUCUGAAGUCUGGCGAAACGAUUUUGAUCCAUGGAGCGACGAAUGCCGUGGGUCAGGCUGCCAUCCAACUUGCCUCAACGCUGGGGGCGGAGAUAUUCCUGACUGCCUGUUCACAGGACGAGGAGGCUCGUCUUGCAGCAACGCAUAAUAUUGAGAGCGAUCAUAUCUUCCUCCACCAGGACAGGAGCUUCGUAACGGCUCUCAAACAAGCCACAAAUGGCCGCGGCGUCGAUGUCGUCCUGAAUGUUGCCUCUCACGAAGCUCUACCGGCAGUAUUCAAUUGCGUUGCAUCGUUCGGCAGGUUUAUCGACUUGCCAUCCAGUGACAUACAGACAGACGGUCGAGCUGGAAUGGUGCCAAUCGGCCGUAAUGUCUCGUUCACUUCAAUCGACAUGUCCGCAUUGCGCAAUCAAAAUGCCAGGCUUGCCGGUAAGACGUUUGGUGCGGUAAUGGAACUUUUUACGGCCGGGGAAUUACGAGAGGGUUCACUUAUCGAAGUGAAGCCUUGGUCGAAGCUUGCAGAUGCCGCGGCCUCGCUGCAAAGCGACAACCACACAGACAAACUGGUCAUGGUCCCUACAGCGGGUGAUACUGUUUUGGUCGCACAGGGUCCACCAGAGCAUGCCAGGUUCAACGAAGACGCGUCCUACGUCCUAGCCGGCGGUCUCGGCGGUCUAGGUCGUAGCAUAGCGCGCUGGAUGGUCAACAACGGAGCGAAGAACCUGAUCUUCAUAUCGCGCUCGGGCGCUUCGUCUGAUUCAGCAUCGUCCAUGAUUGCCGACCUGUCCGCGUCCGGAGUCUGUACAGCAGUUCUCAACUGCGACAUCUCGGACUCUGCAUCCCUCUCCUCUGCGCUCUCUACAACCCUGGCUACCUUCCCUCCAGUUAGAGGCGUCAUCCAAGCAGCCAUGUCACUCAAUGACUCCCUCUUCACGAACAUGAGUCAAGAGCAGUGGACAGAUACAAUACGACCGAAAGUCCACGGGUCGAAGAACCUGCAUGAAGAAACACUGAGCCAACCGCUUGAUUUCUUUAUUCUGCUCUCCUCGCUCCACAGCUUUAUAGGAAAUCCCGGGCAGGCGAACUACGGCGCAGGCUGUGCGUAUCAAGUGGCCCUUGCGCAGUAUCGGAACGGACUGGGCUUGCCUGCUGUAGCGAUCGAUCUGGGUAUUGUGGACGAGGUGGGGUAUGUUGUGGAAACCAGCGCAAAGGCGGGGAAGAAUGUUGUCGUGCAGGCACUACAGCAUAUCAAAGAGACGGAAAUGUUAGGCCUGAUUGAGCUAGCCGUCCGGGAGCCAUUCAAGGGACACAUAGUAACAGGACUCGACGGGAACUUUGAGCAGGAGAAGCCAUUCUUCGCAGAGGAUCCCAUACUGAGCCAUCUGGAAUACUUGCGUCCGCACAUCCAACUCAGUCCCACCACUCAACACAGCGUGGAGGGAUCUACAACACAAAAGCCCUUAUCUGCCCUCCUCAGCAUGGAUAACUCCACGGAGAUGAAUACAGAGCUCAUUCAAACUGCGCUGAUCAAGAAGCUCUCCCGCUCGCUGAUGAUGGACCCUGAGGACCUCAAUGCUAGCAGAUCGCUGAGCGCCUAUGGGACGGACUCGCUGGUCGCAGUCGAGAUGAAGAAUUGGAUUCAGCGCGAGACCAAAGUCAGCGCUUCGGUGUUUGAAAUCCUGCAGGCGCCUGCGAUUAGCGCGUUGGCGAAGCGGAUUGCUGAGGGAUAUGGACGGAAGGCGGAGGGGUAG